AUGGACACCCCGAGCUCCGAUAUCAACUCUCGUCACCGAUACUACCAAUGCAGUGGACAUCGGUCCAAGUCAUUUCGAGCUCAAGAUGUAAACGAACUCGUCGAACUGCGCGCCCGGUCUAGGACUUUUGACGGUGCCUAUGGCCGGAGUGCCAUCGGAAUGUUGGGUUAUGCGCUCACCAUUCUCCGACUCUUCGACCGGAGGUUCUUCCGGAUUGGGAUUCUCUACACAGUCCUUGCCGGACUUCUUUUUAUCCUUGCAUACUUUCGCCAACGCCACUCUCGCCACGAUUUUGCGGACCGCCAUCGCAACCCUACCGCGUUCGCCAAUGCUAUCAAAACCAAAGGGCAAACUGGCAAGCGCGUUUUCGGGCGGCCCUUCGUUACAGCAGGAUGGAUUGUCGCGUUGCUCUCGUUCAUAGUGUUCACGGUUGAAGUCGGCCUGUUGGUUCUCAUCUUCAUGGUUUGA